UUUUCCUUUUAUCUUUUGGGUGAAUAUGAGGGUAUUGGGAAUGUUCUUGGUAUUCUUUAAUUGGGAAGUUUUUUCUCUUUUUUCUUUAUUUCUUUGAAGUUUCUAUUUUUGGAAAUUGUCUGUUGUUGUUUCUGUAAAUGGGACUUUAGCAAGACAAGCUGCAAGGAAUUCUAAUCGUCUAGUUGUGAAAAAUGUUUUUCUUUCCAAGAAAGUGAAAAAUGGGAUUUUGAGUUUUCAUAUUCCUCAUAGUAACACAUAACAUUAGUAUAUUUUUAAUUGGAAAUCAUCUAUAUAUUGAAGCUAGAUAAAACUAAUCUGCCCCCUUCUUGUUUCUACCUUAUUUGAGACAAAACCAAAAAUUACCAGCUAAAGAUAAGAAUUAAAGAUCAGAUAAGGGGAAAAAUGGUGUUUCCCCCGUUUAUCUGAUUGUCAAAACCCUAUGCCCUGUAACUUUUAAUGGGAAUAAGCAAUGGGGAAUGAUUGGUUGAGGUGUUGAAGAUAAGUACUGGUUGCUGGAUUUUUUUUUAUAUAUUUGAUGUCGGUUAAUAAGAUAUUCUCAUAUUUAUGAUAUCCAGUUUGGGGCCUCUUGUAAGAAUGAAUACAUAUUUUGCAUAAUUGCAGGUAUCAGUUAUGAUCAAUUGUGGGUUGGACCUCUGAUUCCUAGGCCAUCCUUAUUCUUGUUUCUACCAUGAAUUUCCUUUUGGCAAGAGAAGAUGCAGAGAAGCAUGCAGGCACUAAAUCAUGCUUCUAUUGCAACAAAGUGUUCAACAACUAUCGAGCUCUAGGUGGCCACCUUAGGAUUCAUCAGGAGGAUAAGACAUCAAGGACCUUGAAUUAUCCUGGUCGUUCCAGUAAUUCCAUGGACAUUACUAGGAACCCUCCUGUACUCCUACCAAACAGCCAACAGAACUCCUCGGGAGGGGGGAACAACCCAACUCCAUUCUCUAGAGCACCACCUGCAUUUGACUUCUCUAGGAUGUUCUACUCAAAUGAAAUAAACCAGGCAAGUAGGAGCAAAUACACUGGCAGCAAUCCUGGAGUUUCCCAAACUCAGUUUAUCAUGUCUCCAGACUUCUCAUAUGGCUGUGGUAGUGGUGCAACUUAUCACAGUCUAGCUUCAAGAGCAUUUGCUCCAGCUGGUGCCAAUGCAGUCAUGUCUCCUGCUGCAUUUGCUUCAUCUCGUAGUGUUGUAGCCGCUGGCUUUCCUAUAGAUUCUUCAUUAUAUUUGGGCACAAAUGGAGUCUGUCAGUUUAAUACUGAUGAAUUUCGGAUUAGCCGGGAUGGUUUGCCACCAUCCUCUGGAGAUGCCUUGCAGAACGUUCAAGGUUAUAAUUUUAGUCCUCAUCCAUGCUCAAGCGUGGAUAAAGGUGGUCAAUAUGACGGGAGAAGUUUGUUGAUGUGUGAAGAAGGUAAGAGGCCCUACUUAGCUGAUGGAUCAGGUGGUGCUGACGUAAUGAAUGCAUCGAAAAAACCUAAGAUUGCCCCCACUGAACAUGUGGAACCCAAGAAUCCUCAGAAGAAAGAGCUAUCACUCUUCAUGGAUGUUGAUGAUUCAAUUUCUGCAUCGGAAACUUGUUGUGGUGCUGAGGAGGAAGGUCCAGUAGAUGUAGAUUUGUCUCUGCAUCUUUAGACUUGUGUGUUUCUCUUUACAAUAAAUAAAUAGUAAUGAAGGAAAAAAGGAAUGGUCACUCUUGCCCUUCCCUCCCUCCCCUCUAAAAGGAAGAUGUUGUUUCUUUGUACUGCUGAACUAUGUACAAGUUGCAGUUUGGUUAUAUUUUAUAAAGUAAUUUAUUAGGAAUUUUCUUGUGGAUUGUGGAGUU